AUGGCCAAUCUCAUACGGCCUCCAAUGCGGUCGUCGACUGAGCGUCUCGUGCAGAGCCGGCUCAACUUUGCGCCUGUUGCGCCUCCGCAGCAACCCCACAACACCAUCGUCUCGACGCGCCGUUCUAGCAAAAGCGGCCCGCUGCUCGUCCUCGGCGACGAUGAGAAGACAGUGAAGCAGAUUCCCGCGUCGCCAGCGCGUCCAGCAGCGCCUCCCCGCACCAGCUCGAGGAAGCGGCCGUCUGACGUGUUGGACGACCUCCCCGACGCGAGACCGCCCGCCAAAGUCGUGCACCGCGAUCCACACGGCGAAUUGGUGCGCAUCACAAAUGGCGUGCAGACGCUGCUAGACAUAGACGCCGACGACGUGCCUUCUGGGCGCUCUGCGCCUCGGCCGGGCAGCGCAGGUAAGCUUGCGGUGCCUGCGCCGACCACAGACCCCAGGGCAAAGGACAGGAGAAGCCUGAGGAGCUCAGACGGCGGUUCGCGACUGAAGAGUGACCUCGCUGUAUAUUUCUCCAGCUACGACGACAUCAUCGCAGGCUUGCCUAAGCCAUCUGAGUUCCUUGACACCGACACGCCCAUAUACAUUGUCGACGAGCCCUCCAAGUCCAAGACACCGGUGCCCGUCUCGCUUGAACCUCUCCGCAAGUCUGCCAGCCCUGCACGGUCGCGCAAAUUCAGGGCUGCCACACCUCCGCGCGAACCCUCGGUCCCCUCGAUCCCCUCGAUCCCCUCGAUCCCUGCCUCACAGUCGUCCACUACCUUUCAAGUGUUGGACUACGGCAGCAUAGCCAGGCACAUUCGAAGCGAUGGCACAGAAGACCCACUGGCAGACUCUCACUUCUUCUCUCAACAUCGCCGUGCUGAACGCAAAGAGAAGCAGCUGCGCAACAUCGAGAAGGAGCGCGCUAUGCAUGAGAAACAACAAUUGGAGCGUCUUCUCGAUGGCCUGCAAGGCCCCGAUUGGCUUCGAGUAAUGGGCAUAACCGGUGUCACAGCCGGCGAGACAAGAGACUGGGAGCCAAAACGAGAUUACUUCAUCAAAGAGGUCGAGGCGCUUGUGGACAAGUUCCGCCAAUGGAAACAAGAAGAGAAACGCAUAAGAGCCGAGAAGGAAGCUGCACUCGCCGCUCGGACUGAAGACGAGGACGACGAAGGCGAAGAGUCCGAAGCCUCAGAGGUCGCAAAAGUCAACGGAAAGCCAGCAUACACAAAGGAGCAACAACCCAAAGAACCAGAGCCGCCUAAACCCAAACGCCCACCGCGACCACAUGGCUUCCUUCUACCUUUCGUACCACCCGAACCCACAGCGCCAUUUCUAUCCUUCUACACGAGACCACAUCUACGGGCCGCUGCACUCGGCAAGCAUCGUCAUGGGCGUAAUGCCACAGGCUUCGGGCAAGCCAUACCAGAUUUUGAGGAACACGAGUUCGAGUUGCCAGACGAUUACAUAGAUCCGCAGUUUCUGCGUGACAAUGCGAGGCAGAGACGGAGGAGGCAGAGGGAGCGGCAGAGCGGCGCGACUACACAGACGACAUAG